GUAAAGAGAGAGAAGUGGAUAAAUCAGUGCUGCUGUCUUUAGGACAAACGAAAGAUGGAACGGUGGAAUAGCUUUCUCGAUCAACAGGAUGACACUGAUAACUGCUCAGAAUCCGUGAAGUUUGAUGCCCGCUCCAUGACAGCCUUGCUCCCUCUGUAUCCUAAAAAUGGCCCUACCCUUCAAGAGAAACUGAAGUCCCUCAAAGCUGCACUGAUUGUCCUUUAUCUUCUUGUGUUUGUAGUUCUCAUACCCAUCAUUGGAAUAAUGGCAGCACAGCUUCUGAAGAGGGAAAUGAAGAAUUGCACAGUUGGUCCAAUUAAUGCAAAUGAAAUAUCUCAAAGUCUCACAGGAAAAGGAAAUGACAGUGAAGAUGAGAUGAGAUUUCGAGAAGCUGUUAAGGAACAAAUGAGCAACAUGGAGAAGAGAAUCCAAUAUAUUUCAGAUGCAGAAGCCAAUCUCAUAGAUUCAUUGCAUUUCCAAAAUUUUAGUCUGGUGACUGAUCAAAGAUUUAAUGAUGUUCUUCUCCAGUUGAGUACCUUGGUUUCCUCAGUUCAGGGACAUGGAAACGUGAUAGAUGAAAUCUUCAAGUCGUUAAUAAGUCUGAAUACCACAUUGCUUGAUUUGCAGCUCAGUAUCGAAACACUGAAUGGCAAAGUCCAAGACAAUACAUUAAAACAGCAAGAGGACAUGAGUAGAUUAGAGGAGCUUGUGUACAAUACAUCAGCAGAAAUUAUGUCUGUGAAAGAAAAACAAGUGAAUUUGGAACAGGAAAUAAAAGGAGAAGUGAAAGUACUGAAUAACAUCACUAAUGAUCUCAGACUGAAAGAUUGGGAACACUCUCAGACAUUGAAAAAUAUCACUUUAAUUCAAGGUCCUCCUGGACCCCCUGGUGAAAAAGGAGAUAGAGGUCCUGCUGGAGAACGUGGUCCACGAGGCAUUCCAGGUGCCGUAGGUUCUCCAGGUCUUAAAGGUGAUAGGGGAGCAAUUGGCUUUUCUGGACCUCGAGGAUUCCCAGGGCCACCGGGGAAGACCGGGAGGACAGGAAAUCCUGGACCAAAAGGCCAGAAGGGGGACAAAGGGAGUGGAAGCAUACUAACUCCAUUUAAAACAGUACGACUGAUUGGUGGUAGAGCUCCUCAUGAGGGCAGAGUGGAGAUUUUCCACAAUGGUCAGUGGGGCACAGUUUGUGAUGACCACUGGGAACUGCGAGGUGGACAGGUCAUCUGUAGGAGUCUGGGAUACCAAGGUGUUCAAGCUGUGCAUAAAGGAGCUUACUUUGGACAAGGUACUGGUCCAAUUUGGCUGAAUGAAGUAUUUUGUUUUGGGAGAGAAUCAUCUAUCGAAGACUGUAAAAUUAGACAAUGGGGUGUGAGAGGCUGUUCACAUGCUGAAGAUGCUGGAGUCACUUGUACUUCAUAAUAUAUCAUAUUUUCUUUCACCUUUAUGAAAUC